UUAUUCAGCUUUUAAAAAAGCAAUUGUUUGUCUAGAUGGACUAUAAAUAGACGCUCGAUUUCUUGAUCAUUCAACAAGUAGGUGAAUCGCAAUCAUAAGAUGGGAAAAACCUCCAGUAUCCUUUUGUUGGUAGCUUUAGUGACACUUCCUUCUUACAUUAUUGGAGCUAAGACACCUGAUUAUUGUUCCAGUACGUAUACUAAAAUAUGUGAACACAAAGGAAAUCACAUCGGCUGUAAUCCAAAAGAUUUUUCGUCCUAUGGAGCCUGCUAUAAUUUACAUCCAAAAAUGGUUCGCAUGACGAGCGCGUAUAAGAAAUUGAUUAUGAGUCGGCAUAAUGGCAUGAGGAAUACGCUAGCUAGUGGAAGAAUGUCAUCAACUCGUGGUACUUUUCCGGCUGCCAAAAAGAUGCCCCUGCUGAAAUGGAAUAAUGAGCUUGCCAAGUUAGCGGAACUGAACGUCAAACAGUGCGAGAUGGAACAUGACAAAUGUCGAAGUACCGCUAAGUUCAAAAAUGCUGGGCAGAAUAUUUACUACAGUUCGUGGUCGGCGAAACGGUCGAACAAGACGAAGCUUAUAGAGGAGGCAAUACAAGCGUGGUGGGAUGAGCAUAAAGAUUUUUAUCUCAAUGAGGUUGAAAAAUAUCGAGGCCAGAGCUAUGGCGUGUUGCACUUCACUGCCAUGGCUCAAACAGAUGUUGGUUGUGCCAUAUCAAUGUAUGAAUACGCCGGCACCGGUGACACUUUUCUGAUGACAUGUAAUUAUUCCUCUUGGACCUGGAUGGAGCAAGCAGUUUAUGCAACAGGCGAUCCAUGCACUGGGUGUCGGGGAAGGAAAUGUGACAAAACGUAUAAAUAUCUGUGCAGCAGCCGUUAGAUAAUUUUUUAUUGAGAGAUGGAAAGAUUUACUAAACCUAGUGCUGUUGUCUAAAUGUGCCAAAAUAAAGAUAUAUUGCUACCAUUAAU